UCGCCUGCUCCUUAGCACUGACAUCCGUGAGGCUGGGGCUGCAGCGCUGCCUGCAGAAAGCCAAAGCUAGCUGAAGCUGUCUGCUCUUCACUCUGCUCUCCAGGGAUACCUCCGGCUGCCUCGGCUCAGGCCGGCUCAGCGGCACCAUGUCACUCGCACACACCGCUGCUGAGUACAUGCUGUCAGAUGCCCUGCUGCCAGACCGCAAAGGACCCCGCCUCAAAGGACUGCAGCUGGAACUGCCCCUCGACCGGAUGGUCAAGUUCGUAGCUGUGGGCUUCCCCUUGCUGUUGAUGUCCCUGGCAUUCGCCCAGGAGUUCACUUCUGGGUCUCCAAUCAGUUGCUUCCCUCCCAGCAACUUCAGUGUCCGCCAGGCUCUCUAUGUGGACAGUUCCUGUUGGGACUCAUUGGUUCACCAUGAACAGGAUGAAACUGGCCAGUUCAAGACAAAAUCCCUCUGGCCACACAAGGCCCUCCCCUAUUCUCUGCUGGCUCUGGCUAUGGCCAUGUACCUGCCCGUCCUGCUGUGGCAGUAUGCAGCUGUGCCCGCCCUCAGCUCAGAUCUGCUGUUCAUCAUCAGUGAACUGGACAAAUCCUACAAUCGCGCCAUCCGCCUAGUGCAGCACAUGUUGAAGAUCCGACAGGAGAGCUCCGACCCCCAUGUUUUCUGGGAUGAGCUGGAAAAGGCUCGCAAAGAGCGGUACUUUGAAUUCCCCUUGCUGGAGCGAUACCUGGCAUGCAAGCAGCGCUCACAUUCACUAGUGGCAACCUACAUCCUGAGGAACUCCCUCUUGCUCCUCUUCACCUCAGCCACCUACCUGUACCUUGGUCACUUCCACCUGGCCAUCUUCUUCCAAGAAGAAUUCAGCUGCUCCAUCAAGAUGGGCCUGCUGAGUGAUGAGACUCAUGUCCCUGACCUGAUCACCUGCAGGCUGACUUCCUUGUCCAUUUUCCAGAUUGUCAGCCUCGCCAGUGUUACAGUCUACACCCUGCUGGUUCCAGUGAUAAUAUACAACCUCACACGGCUCUGUCGGUGGGACAAACGACUCUUAUCCCUGUAUGAGAUGCUCCCAGCUUUUGAUCUCCUUAGCAAGAAAAUGCUGGGAUGCCCCAUCAAUGACCUCAACCUGAUCCUUCUUUUCCUCCGAGCCAACAUCUCCGAGCUCAUCUCUUUUAGUUGGUUAAAUGUCUUGUGUGUAUUGAAGGACACAACAACCCAGAAGCACAAUAUUGACACAGUGGUUGAUUUCAUGACUUUAUUGGCUGGUUUAGAACCCUCAAAACCAAAACACCUCACCCACCGGGCAUGUAACGAACAACUGUAGUGAAGAAAUAAUAUAACAAGGAAGUCUGUGGAAAGCAAAUCUCCCUUCUUCUUCACCCAAAGCCAACACACAAAAAUACCUACUUUGGAGAUGUUAAGUUUGGAUUUAGCUGAAUCCUAUGUCACACAUUAUAUUCUCUAAAGAAAAGAAGAUACAAUCAAAACAUAAAAAUAAAUAUCAAAGAGCUUAAGCAUCACAAAAUUAAAAUUUAUGGAAAAACUUAGGUCUAGCAUAUUCUUUGAAGAUAGUAAAGAUAAAUCUAGACAUUCCACAAGGAAAGAAGACUUUAAAGGCUAUUUCUGAAGCCA